AUGCUUACGGCAGACAAUUUCUUUGUAAACUCAUUACGGAGCUUUAUUCCGUAUCUUCGUAAUGGAACUGCUGGAGUGGCCGUCUCAGGCGGGGUUGACAGUAUGUGCCUUGUUCAUUUGUUGAGAGAAACGAUGCUUCAGUACUUGUGGCCAAAACGAAUCCAUGCAUUCAUUGUUGAGCAUGGCCUUCGCAAAGAAAGUGCUGAAGACGCUGUGAUCACCAGGCGAAGACUUCUCGACAUGGGGAUUCCCUCUACUAUUUUACCAUUAAAUCACAAAUGGGAUCUCUCUAAGCAAUCAAAGAUCGAGACAAUUGCUCGAGUAUUACGCUAUCGUACUUUGGCCAAAGCUUGUCUGCGACAUAAAAUUUAUGGCUUAUUUACGGCGCAUCAUCUUAAUGAUCAAUACGAAACAAUAGUAAUGCGACUCCUACAGAGGAAACCAGGAACCUGGGGAGGAUUGUGUGGCAUUCGAAAAGUUGCUCCUCUUCCUGAGUCCGAAGACAUUUAUGGAGCGGAUCAAAUACUUCUUCUCAGGCCUUUUCUCUCUUACCCUAAAACUUGCAUAAAAAAAAAAGUACAGUGGUGCGAAGACAAAAGCAAUAAAGACAUACAAUUGACGGUUAGAAAUGCUAUUCGUGCUGUGGGUGUCGAUACAUUGGUGUCAACGGAAAUAGCAAGCAUAUCGCAAACAUUUCAAGAACUUGAAGACCAUUCUCAGAAAAGUGUGCAUUCAUUAUUAAAGCAGUGUUCUUGCCUAUAUUUUAAAGCGAUUCAUUCUUUUCAAAUGCAGAUACCAUGUAUAAUUAUGGACACAAGUAGUGAUUUCAUUAAAACAGAAUUCCUUAUGUACCUUAUUGACAUAAUCACACCAAAAACAAAAAAGAAACGUCGCUCUAUUGAAGGCAUCAGCAAACGUCUGUGGAACAGUACAAAACCUUUGACGGCUGGCGGUUGCAGCUUUACCUUAACAAAAGAUGACAAUUGUUCUUCCUAUAUCCUAUUCAUUACGAGAGAACAAUUUUCAAAACGAGACGCACAAAAGGCUACUUUUGUUCUAAAAAAUGGCUCCACUAUUCUCUGGGAUAAUCGCUUUUGGGUACAAGUGAAAUACGAUAGUGCUAAAUCUUUUACUAUUCGGCCGCUUAAAAGCGGUGACAUUAAGCAAAUACGGUAUCUUUGUAACAACUUUCCGAAUCUCUCCUGGGCUGCUUUUUCCAAAAGCGCUCCGGGGAAAACACGCUUCACGAUGCCAGUGAUAGUAAACAACUUCACUCAACAAAUCAAUUGUCUUCCGAUCUCGAAUGUCAAAUGUUGUCAAGAUGUUGAGGUCAGAAUUGUACCUCGAAAGGAGCCGAACCUAGAAUUGUUUGCUCAUAGUCGGACAUGA